GCAAAAGUGAGAGACCAGCUCGCACGAAGUCAUCACCUUGGUCCUUGAAGGGGCGCGCAUUGGCACUAGACGGCCAUCAAAAGAUCCUCUGUAGACGUUUCUAAGUGACCAGCUCACUGAGAAGUAGAGGCUGAUAGCCGCCACCAAGAUGCAGAAAUGGCUGGUACUAGACGGGCGGUUCCAUGAAGAACAGCGAAGGCGCUGGCUGGUCACAGGGUUUUCUGGUAAGAUGCUGCAAGCUGCUGGCGUGUCUUCGUGCUUAAAGGUCAGGGGAUGAGUUUUGACAGCUAGACCAACGCAAACAAACCAGCAGCAUGAGAAUUAACUCAAUCGACUCGGACAUCAUGAAGAAAGGACCGUAUGCCGGCGAUGUCUCCGCUCUGGCCCUUUUGUCCUGGCCGGAGGAAGGUCCACACAACCGAUCGGACAAUGGCGGGUUGAAUGAGGCGGAGGCCUCUGCAUUCGAGUGCGACAAGAGGACACGGCCUACGCUGCUCGUUGGGAUGGGGUCCCAGCUGCUGUGGUACGACCUCCUGUCAAGCCAGCUCCUUCUGAACCAGUCAGUCCUGGACGGAGUAAGAGUGCACGGCAUUCACACCGGCAGCAGUCACACCACCUCACCAUCGGCUCCGCCCCUCUCCCUUCCCAUUCAGUCAGCCACCAGAAGUCCCUCCACAGAUUUCCUUCACAUUCAAACAGCUGGCUCUGCCAUACCACCCCUUUCAGAACUUCGAACAGAGACACUCAGCCCCCCAUUGUCCAUCCAGCAACGAAAAGAUGCAGCCAGGGCUCUUUUGGCCGUGUUUGGCGAGAAGCGCGUGAAAGUCCUGGAGGUUUGGGGGAGUGCUUUCACCCAGGAUUGUGGGGGAGUAGCUGGUGUAGACGUCCUCAGGGUGCUGCCGCGGUUCUCAAGCUGGGUGUUUGACGCUAAGCUGCUCCCGCUCGAGUCCAGCCCAACCGGCCUGCUUGCCGUGGGCCUUGGCAACAACUCCGUCCGGCUGUGGGACUGGCGAACAUCCAUUGAGCUGCGGACCGUUGCUUGCACAUCGGAGUGCCUGCUCUACUCCAUGGCGCUACAUGGGGACUCGCUCGCUGACCUGGCGGUUGUGGCUGGGACGAUCUACAACGAGGUCCUGGUCUGGAAAGUUGACUCGCCCAACACCCAGGGGUGUGAAAAAGCGUUGUCAACUUCAUCCCCGCCCCCUUCUACCUCACGAGCCGAGCCGAUUCACACUCUGCGGGGCCACGAAGGCUCCAUCCACCGGGUUUGCUGGUCGCCCGAUGGUUCCAAAGUGAUGUCCGUUUCGGACGACCGUAGCGCCCGGGUUUGGAACCUGGCCCCCGGUCAGCCUGGAGCGGAAGCCACUGCUGGACCGGUUCUCUAUGGGCACACUGCACGGAUCUGGGACUGUCUCGUCCACGAUCGGUUCAUUGUGACCGCCAGCGAGGACUGCACAUGCCGCAUCUGGACCCCCGACGGCGCGCUCGCGUCCGUCGUCCGCGGCCACACGGGCCGCGGGAUUUGGAGGGUUGUCUUCGAGCCGCGGCUCUGCGCGCUCGUGACGGGGGGGGCUGAUUCCGCGGUCAAGCUACACCCCCUGAGCGACACUUUGGGCGGAUUAGGGAAUACGGAGAAUGGGAGUGCGGCAGAGGAAAGUUUCGUGCUUCGGAAUGGGCCGGAAAGUUUGGUGAAGACUGGGGGAGGCAAGAAAGAGAUCACGAGCAAGAGCGAGUUCGUACGGUGUCUAGCCGUCGUCGGCCCCAACUGCGUCUACGUGGCGACGAACCGGGGCUACCUGUACAGAGUCGACCUGGACGGGGAUCGCGACACGUGGCAUCCGCUGAUCGAUCCAGAGAAGGAGCCGGGGGGCCCGAUCGUCUCCCUUGCCGUUCGCGUGCAGCGGCACAACGCCGAAGCGACGGUCGGGGCGACCAGCGAAGGGGAGGUUGGCGGGGCCGAGUCGCUCUCGACUUCGGACAGUGUCAACGGUUUGGAGUGCGCGCAGACGGGGUCCUGUAGGGCGACGAACAGCGCAGGCUUUGUAGGAGAAGGGUCGCCCUUUGUUAGUAAGAGAGGGAAACGGGAAGCAAGCGGAGGAGAGGUGCACAACAUUCUCUGGGGGGACUACCGGGGCAGGGCAACUGCUGCCUACUAUUCGUUUUCGGACGGGUUCGAAGCUCGGUCUAGUUCUCAGCGUGACGGUGGGAGCCUCCACUCAGCCUUGAAUAGAGGGCACGACGCUUCGGACAUUCGGACGGGACAGCAGAUUCGGUCAGAGGCUGGCAGCGCGUCAGGUGCUGCUGACGAGAAACAAGAGACGGCAGAAUUGGGAAGCGUAUCUCAGAAGUCGGAGAGCGUUGGAGCAUCGCAGCCGUCGACCGCCGAAACGGACUCAGCGCGGAGGGAAGUGCAAGAGGUUCUGCGGAUCGAGUGGCAGGCCCACGAGCUGCGGAACCUUUUAGGGGUCUUCUGGGCGGACUCGCUCGGGUACGAGUGCGCAUUCACAACGAACGCGACCGGGGGGAUCUCUUGGUGGCGGGUGGCAAGUGUGAAUACGGGGGCGGGCGUGGGCGGGGCGGUGCUACUAGGCCGGUGCCAGUCGCCAUUUUGGAUCCGGGUGGUGUGCCUGAUGGUGGAUGAAGAACGAGAGAACCUGCUGUGCGGAGACCAGAAGGGGAAUCUCGCCGCCUUCGCCCUUCCGCCGCCCCUCGAGGGCGACCACGAAGCCUUAGACUUGCAGCUGACGGGCGCCCUGAAAGCCGCUCACGGCAUUUCCGCCAUUCCGCUGGUAACUUUUCCAUCCGGAACGACGUCCGGAAGCAGAGACCGGACGGUCACGACCGUCGGACGCGACGGCUGCAUCUGUACACACCUGCUGCAGCCGCCGCCGGAACUAGAGACGGGGAGAAAAGUGCACGGCGGACCGCUCGCACCAGGGACAACGGCGGUGACCCAUGGGGUGUUAGAGACUCAGAAGCUGAAAGAGGCAUCCCUCGAAACGGGGGAGGCAGCGACGGGGCGAGGCGAAAUGUCUGUAGAGAACGAGAAAGUUGAGACCUUGGAAAGCACGAAGCUUUUGGGCGAACCCCUUAGCGACGGCGUCGAGAUGAAGAGAGCCGGAGGCUUCGUUUCGGGGUCGAUUCGGGAGCCUAAGCACAGCUCUGACGAUGUAAAGAUUAGUGCCCCGUUAACCCCGAACCGUAACGGGGUUAACGAGGCGACUACAGUCGAAUCCACGGUUUGGCUGACCUGCACGCGAGUUGAGCGCGUCAGUGCAAUCCCCUCCAUAGAAUGGACCGGCUUCUUCGGAACUGACCCACCACUAACCCGCACGCUUCAUCGAUUGUCCCCGCUAGAAACAGCUCCAACCCAAUAUAGUCAGACUGUAACCCCUCAGAUCAGCCAGCCCCUUCCUGAGCGCAGAAGGGGGUCUUCAGAGACGGUCAUCAACCCGAGACGGUUAGCGGCCGGGUUUUCUGCAACCGAGUUCAUUGUCUGGGACCUAGAGCAGCAGUCAGAGGUGAUUAAGGUAACCUGCGGCGGCUGGCACCGCCCGCACAGCUUCUGGAUCGGACGGCCGGGAGGGCGCCACGUCAGCACGUACUUUGCGUACGUAAAGGAUGACGUCAUCCACGUGUUUCGGAAGGGCUGCGUGGGGCCUUCAGAGUCGGCUUCCAUUUCGCGGCAGGCAAUUCCGGCCGAGGGUGCUGAGUCUGGAUUGCUGAACCUGGCAGCAAAUGUUGAGAGGGGCUCUGAGCUUUUGGCGAGCCCGAAGGGGCUGCAGUCCGCGUUUCACGGAAGGGAGCUUCACACAGCGAAGUUUCUACCCGGUCCAAGGGGCCCGGGCCGCUGCGUGGUGACCGGGGGAGAAGAUGGGACGGUCCGAAUCACCAGGUUCUUGGACACCAACGGGCGUCGGAGCCUCUCGUCAGCUGUCCUCGGCGAACACGUCCGAGGCGCAGCCAUCCGGACCUGCGCCGUCGUCGCCCCUAGAAACAAAACCCUUCAGACCCCGAAAGCCAAUCGUCGUUCACCGCCCACAAGCAGCGGCGCAUCUAGGCUGGGCGGAGAAGAGUCAGGCGACCAGGGGGAUCCCCCGGGGCCCUGUGUGGUGUUUACCGCUGGCGCGAAGGAAGUGCUGACAGCUUGGCUGCAUGCAUGGGAGCCGGAAACAGGGCCUUCUGCAAAAGGCCCUGUUUCGGGCGGACUCGCUGGGAACGGUUUAUGCGAGGGGUCGGACGUGGGAGGCCCUGUAAGAGACCGCGGCGAAAGAGGUGUGAAAUUGGGGACGGCGGACAAUGACAAAACAGGGCCUUCAGAGAGCCAAGGGGAUGAUGCCGGGGGCAUUAACCGGAGUGGUGAAAGGUGGGCGCACUCUUGGCGGUGGCUGAGUACCCACGACGAGAGCCGAGAAGCGGUCGAAAACCGGGUUCGGACGGCGAACACUUCCAACACCCGAGCGCUGGAAGCGUCCGAAACCGGAGUGCAAGUGCGGGGCGUUUCUUCUGGUCCGGAGACCGAACCGCCGUCGUCUACGCCCUCCUCUUCGCCCGAGAACACAGUGCCUUCUGCGGACGCGUCGCCUGUGUCCGUACCCGCAGUGCCGUCAUCGGACGGCCUCCUUGCACUCAGGACCGCAUCGCCGUCAUCGGACAGCUCCCGUGCGUCCAAAACCGGACUCCCUUCUCCGGACGCCUCCCAAGGGUCCGUAGAAGUGAACUCGUUACCAGACCGGAACGGUUCCGCCAACCCUCCCUCGACACCGAAAGCUUCGAACUCGAAAGCGGGGCCGCGGAGAAAGUGGGCGGAGAAGGACGACCAGCGGUACUUAGCAGUGACCGCGUUCUCCACCGGGAGCUUCGCUGACGGCAGCAUGACGUGUUUCGUGGUGACGGCCAGCGCGGACUCCCGGCUCGUGCUCCGGGCGUUUCACCCGGCCUCCAGAACCUGGCACUUGCUCGCCCGGUUGGAACAUCACAAGUGCCCGGUUCUCAGCCUGGACUGGGUUUCUCACCCCACGUCAACCCUCCUCCAGAGCACUGCCGACAAGUACCCGGCGCAGUCGACAGUUUUGAACUCCUCAAAAGACGCGCUAGGCUUCCCCUCAGACCCUUUAUCGAACGGUCCUCAGAGCGGAAAUGAUAGGAAGACGAAAAUCUGGAAGCUCUUCACACGGUCCGAGGAAGCUAUCCUCGUCGUCAGCGGAGCAACGGACGGCAGCCUCGCGUUUUGGGACGUUUCCGAGCCCGUCCAGUCGUUCUGCUCCACGUGGCAGGAGCGUGUCGCGGCGGUUUCGGUUCGGGGGGGUAAUUCCAGGCCGCCCACGGGGAGGGGCAGCGCGGGGGGCGGUGGCGUGCGGCGCUUGACGGGGCCGCGGAUGUCGAAACGCCGGAAGACUAAGAUGGCGAAAGCGGCGGCAUCUGCUUUGGGGGGAAGAACAGAUGGUACAAUUGACGGCUUGGAGUUGGGCUUGGGUGAGAGCGAGACGGGAGGAGAGUUUGACACUGUUGAUGGUGAGGAGGCUGUAAAUGGGCUAGCCGAGGAGUCGCUGUGUCAAGAGGGAGGGGAGCGGAAAAUUACAGACGGGUUCGGCGAGGAUUCCGGCGAGCUGCCGGAAAGGUUAGAAGACGCAGAAGGGGGUUGUGUUGGGGGCAACGAAGCAGGCCACCGGACCCCCGGAAACGGGGAGAGUGCGCUAGAGUUGGCCCCGACACCUGAAGCCCCAGUUACGAGUUCCAGCAGAGAGGCCCGUGAGGGUUUGAAGAGUCCCUCUCUUCCGGGGGGGUUGAGAAACGGUGCGGACAAGGGGGGUGCUGACGGUCCAGAAGUCCAGAGUUCGGCGCCCAUUCACACAGUCGCGAGCUUGGCACCCGUGCUGAUCGUAGAUGGGGCGCACCAGUCCGGUGUGAACGGGCUUAGCGUGGCGGCUGUCAGUGCUGACGUGAGCGACGCCCCUGCUGACGUCAGAGGUUCUGGGCGGUACGUUGCUGUGAGCGGAGGCGACGACCAAGCAAUCCACACCGUUUAUUUUUGGGUCGGUGUGAAUGCGCACGGGGCGGUUGAGGUGCGGCUUGAUGGCAAACGGUCGCUGCCACUGGCGCACUCGUCCGCGGUAAAAGAUAUCUGGACCGACGGCUCGUACGCCUUCUCGACCGGGCUCGACCAGCGUCUGCGCUGCUGGCGGCUCGAGGCAGCACGUUCCUCCCCCCAAAAGCGCCCUGCCACGUACCCCCCGGGAGCAGCGCCCGGGAUUUCCCCGUCACCUUCAUUGUCAAACGGCCAUGGUCCGCACGGCUCUUCUGUGGACGGCAAUCCUACUGACGGCUAUUCGGACGGUCAACUUGUAGAGGUGUCUGCGUGCGUGACGGACGUGCCGGAAGCGGCCGCGCUUACAGUUGAACGAACUGCCAGGGGGUCCUACGCUGUUGCCGUCGGUGGUCGGGGGUUACAAUUCUUGGAGGACGGCAGCGAGGACGGCAGCGAGGAGAGCUUCCAAGAGACUACUGAGGACGAGACUAAUGAGGAGGUGCAAGAAGAGGAAGACGAGAAAGACUAUAGAAGGGCAAUUCUAGCUGCAGUGAACAGCGUUGAGAGGCCGGGGAGCUUUGUGGUAAAAGGCAGUCUGGAACUUUACGCGCCUCCAGGACUUGUGCUUCCAGAGCUUGGUCUGGUCAGCUUGCCCCUCAUCUCUCAGCAGGCAGAAGCGAUUGCCAAGCUGUGUUUCCAAGCACCUUUUGGUCGGAGAGAAGCCACAGUCUAUGAUCCUGAGGUCCGCAAGUGCCUGCAGCUUUCUCCAGACCAGUUCCAGCUCACAAAUUUCCGCUGGGAUGCCCAAGUCCGGAGCAUUGCUGGAGGAGACAUCAGGCGGGAUUUAGGACUACCUGAAAAGGUGUCCGUCGUACCUGAGCUGUACAAGCUACUCUUGUAUGAAGUUGGAAGCCACUUCGUGCCUCAUCGAGAUACGGAGAAGAGCGAAGGGAUGUUUGGCACACUGGUUGUUGUGUUGCCGUCAGCACAUUCUGGAGGGGAGUUGAUCGUCCGCCAUGCCGACAAGGAGAGCAUGUUUGAUUCGGGCAAGCAGAGCCUGCACUGCGUCCACUACUGCGCCUUCUUCGCCGACUGCGAGCACGAGAUCCGUCCCUUGAAUGAGGGCUACCGCCUGGCCCUUGUGUACGAUCUGGUAGCACAGAAUACGGCACAGAUACUGACGCCUGCAGACAAUCGCACAGCGGUCCAGCAUAUUCUGGGGGCGGUCGAGGCUUGGGGCGAAGACGAGGAAGGCCCUGAUAAGCUGGUGAUGCCCUUGGCACACAAGUACUGCACAAAGAGCCUCGCCUUCGGAAGCCUCAAGGGCACUGACAUUGUCACAGUUGAAACGAUACUGCAAGCACUUGAUGCCAGUGUGGGGUCGACCGAAACGAGCUUCCAAGUGUCUCUUGGUAUGCUGAAGAAGCGAGAGUACGGCUUCACAGACAUAAUUGUUGACGAGACAGAAGUGCUCCCUGAAGACGCGCUGCGGCACUAUGCGUGGGACCAUUACGACGUCGAAGAAGCCACCGGGAACGAGGGGGCUUCGAUGGACCGAUGGUACCACCACGCAGCGCUCGUUCUUUGGCCCCAUGCCAAAUACUGGAAGGUCAAAUGCGCCAACGACCUGGAGGGCGCGGUUGAGAAAGCCGUUCGUUUAGCGGGGGACAUCAAAGAUCUGCCGCCUGAAUCGGAGGAGACAAAGGACAUGGAGCGCGCGCUUGACGCCCUAUGCCAGGCUGGGGCAGACCUUGGUCCAAGCCAGGCAACUGAUGUGGCCAGGUUUAUCAUCGAGCAUGGAGUUGCUGAGAUGGCGGAGAUUCUGAUGGGUACGCUCCCCAUCUCCUCCGCGGCUGACGUCACCGUGUUCCUCGGAAGCCACUUCGGCUGGGCGUCUCUCGAGGCCGCUGUUACGGGCGUUUUCGAGCGAGCGUGCACUCCCUCAAGCCUGGCACUUUGCUUCGACCUGCUUCUCCGGAUCGCCCCGUCAACCGGCAGUGCCGCCGACGUCGUAACGGGGGAGCACUCGGACCAAGCCCCUGUGAACCCCAAAGCUGGUCAACCGCUCAAACCGCGCAGCCCCUCAGAGCUUGGAGCCACUCCACGUGAACCGGUCUACCAACAACCGGUCGGGGCCACUGUUUUGCAGCCUCCUGGGGGCGAAGCAGCCGUUGAGGACGCGAGCGACAGCUGCGUGGAGAGUGCUGACGACGAGGGGAGCGCGCGCGAGCGGGCAGACAUGUGCGCGCGCAUCGUGCCCCUGCUGGUCGCCACGAUCUGCAAGGGCCUACCCCGGGCAACCGCGCGGCCGUACUCCUACUCCGCGCCUACCAAGUUCUGCCUUACGGACGUCGCAACGGCGUCCGCAUAUGCCCGGGUCUUGGAUCGUUUCGGAGCUGACGCGUGGCAGCCUGCCACCCCCAUCUUGAUAAAAGAGCAGAUCGGGUUUGCUUUCGCGGCGGUUCCCGAGAUGCUCUCUCAGUUGGUCGGCGUAGAGAGCCGGGGCCCAUCGCAAGCGGAGCUGACAGCGCCCGGUAAAAUGUCCCCCGGGGCGACCAUCCUGUGCCAGAAUCUGGCGAGCGCGUUCGUGGCAGAGCUGCUGGCCGAUCUCCCUGCGUUUCCUAAUCCGUCGGGUUACGGCGGCUACGGAUACAUCCAUAGCGCGGAUCGCUCCUCCACCUUCGUCACCGCUUCGCUGAAGGCUCUGCACUGUCUUGCCGUUGAACCAUCCGUUCUCGACCAGGUUGCAGCCCACUUUGUCGCCAACCCCAAGUCUUACUGCAUAGACAACGCACUUCUGCCGGCGAUCAGGCAGCUCUCCGACUGGCUGGGACACGCGGCGCCGCACACGUCCUGGUUCGUCACCCUCUGGCGGGCGUGUGUGAAUGCGCUCGAGGCGAGGGCGGCGGCGCGGCCGGCUGAGCCGCGCACUUGGGCGCUCCCCGCACUUUGUGGCUGCCCGUGUAGCCAAUGCCGACAGCUGACGGAAUUCUGUCGCAAUCCUGUUCGCACAACCAUAAAGCUGCCCGUCGCGAAGCCCAUCAAGAAGCACGUGCAAAACUCUAUUGAAAGUCACAAGCUGCCCCUUCAGAUCGUCGGGGGCUUCGAUGGGGGGUUCGGCAACCCCUUGGUGGUCCAAAAGAACGGCUCCAGAGGUGCCCCGGACGAGGAGGCGCUGGAAAAGUAUCCAGCGCAGAAGGCAGCCUACGAGCGGGAUGUCAAGACUCUAUUGGAGCUGAGAGCGCUGAGCGGGGCCGUAAUGCAAGAGCGAACACCAAACACGCUGCUGCAGAGCAAGAAUCUGAAUGGGCAGAAGAACGAACAGCAUGUAGAUAAGCGAGCAAGGGUUGUAAUUGAUCUAGGUGACGAGUGAAUGCGAGAGGGUUUAGUGCUCCAUAUUUGAACUCUUUAGAGUUCCUUUGCAUUCCAACAUACCGCCACAGCCUCGAGGGGUGACCUGAGGCGGGUUGUCUGUACAGUAAGUCUCGCUGAUGUAAUUGUGCAGAACGCCAUCACCUUCAAGAUCACGGAAGACCGUUCGACAUGAGAUCCCCUUUGUACGAUUAUUGUGUAUCUACAAAGGAGGUCUUGGAAGCGAAACCUGUUAGGCUGUACUGAGCGAUGUUGCGAUUGGACGCCCGAAAAGAUGUUAAAACAGUGAAAGCACGUUGAUUUUAGAAGUUUGCUAGCCGGUACGUACAAUAUGUCAAAGAGGGGAACCAGGUCACCUGAUGUCAUCUUGCCAGGUCACCUGAUGCCAUCAUGCCAGUGUGAAACUGUGAUGGGUAAACAUGAC